AAUCCUGUAUCCAGAAAUCACAUUGGAUCCUGACUAAUUCAGAGUCGACUCGAGUUGGAGCCAUAUGGAAGGAAGCUUUCCCAAAGUUCAUUUUUCUAUUCAUAAAACUCGAAUUUGAGAUUUUAUUUAAGGGAAUCAAGUUCUUUUCACUCAAACAAACAUAUUGUUUGUUAAAUGAAUUACUUAUUACAACUACUUAAUGUGGAUACUGAUAUUGUCGGCAGCUCCAUAUAUUUUCACACUCCUACAGUGGGCUUUUUCUACCUUAUGGACAUUUCUGUACAGUUGUGGUUGACGAGCCUGGGAUCAGAGAGGCUCAAGAAAGCGGGGAUGGGCCAAUACUUUGUGGGUCUACCUAGUCCACUAGGACUAAGUUUGGGCAGUGGAGUACCCAGGUUAAUCCCAUGGUUUUAUCCAGGACCAUACCAGAGACUAGACAUGAAUGGCCCGUUCUACCCAGUGAUAUUGGAUCCUGAGUUAAGGCUGUUCACCUCUGUGGGUGGCGUGUUCGAACCCCAUGAAACUCAUUUUUCCCCUCCCCGUAUAUACCUCUGGAUUAUCUAUCCAAUCGGCUCUCCUACCGCACUAAGCAACUUCCCCGACCUGGUCAAAACACGUGCAUGGUAUAUCUAUGCAAUUUCAUUCUCAAGCUAUUGAUCCCCAUAUAACCCCAUAACAUUAGAAAUCCCCAAUCUCAUUUUCCAGAUUGUCAAUCCCUUUUCGCCCAGCAUCUUCGAUCUUGUGUAAAUUCUCUUAUUGUCUCAUUUCUUUAAUUAGAAGCCCACAAAAAGACAAUGCAAUACACCGAGAUAUCCCAU